UGCAUGCACUUUAAUCUAUGCUGUAAGUAGUUAAACUAUACAUGUCCGUAUGUACUUCAUAGCGACCUCGAAGAGCCAACCAAGCUCGAAUAUGACUCGUGUGGACGAAUCCAUUGGAUGUAGACUUGGUCAUGUGGUCUAAUGUUGUUCUUGCUUUCUCGAAUGAUUGAAACACUAACUGGGAAGGUGGAAGUCAUGCUAUUUUUUAUAACAUAGAACAGUAGCAGUGACGGCAUCAUACUCAGAAGGCAGAAGCGGCGUGUCUGAGAGUUCAUUUCUUUCGGAAGGUAACUACUGACCGCUGCAGCAAGCUUCAAAUUCUGGGGCAGACCUCGAUUGGAUGCGCGGUCAUGUCAUAGAGGUUGGCACGCAAGUCAUCAGUGCCGACCAUUGGAAAGGAAUCUCGCCAGCACCAUAUGUCCACUCCAACUAAGAAUCGACAGCAUCAGAGCUGCCCUUCUCCUGCUCUGGUAUCUGGAUGCGUGGAGUGCUUGGCACGCUUGUAUCAUGUUCUGGUUACGCUGAUGAUAUUCGUAGACGAAGCUGGAUCAUUUUUUCCUGCGAUCAAUCAUUCUCCUUGGGAUGGUGUGGCCCUUGCUGAUUUUGUCAUGCCAUUUUUCUUGUUUAUAGUUGGAGUUGCACUUGCACUUACAUACAAGAGAGUCACAAACCAAGCCGUAGCAACUUGGAAAGCAUUACUUCGAGCACUGAAGCUCUUUGUUGUAGGUCUCGUUGUUCAAGGUGGCUAUUUCCAUGGUCUUCACAAUUUAACUUAUGGAGUUGAUAUUUUGAGUAUGAGAUGGAUGGGCGUACUACAGAGGAUAGCGAUGGCCUAUCUGUUAGUUGCAAUAUGCGAAAUCUGGCUUAAAAGUGACGAUGUUGUUGAUUCUGGAUAUUCCUUGGUCAGGCGAUACCGAUUGCAAUUGCUGGUGGGUUUGAUUCUUACGAUCAUGUACAUGGUUCUUCUCUAUGGUUCGUAUGUUCCUGAUUGGGAGUACCAGAUUCCAGGGCCAGGCUCCACGCCAAAGACCUUAUCAGUGAAAUGCGGAGUGAGAGGUGACACAGGACCUGCCUGCAAUGCUGUGGGAAUGACUGACCGCCAAAUUUUUGGCAUCCGACAUCUACAUAGACGUCCUGUUUAUGAAAGGACAAAGCAAUGCAGCAUAAACUCACCAGCUAGUGGCCCACUACCACCUGAUGCUCCUUCAUGGUGCCAAGCUCCUUUUGAUCCUGAAGGAUUACUUAGUUCUGUGAUGGCAAUCGUGACUUGCUUGAUCGGUUUGCAAUUCGGACAUGUUAUCAUACAUUUUAAGGAUCACAAGGACAGAAUCGUUCAAUGGUUGAUUCCUUCCUUUUGUCUGUUGGCCUUGGCCUUCUCAUUGGACUUCUUCGGAAUGCGUAUGAACAAGGCUCUGUACACAUUAAGUUAUACGUGUGCCACUGCUGGAGCUGCUGGGAUGCUCUUUACUGGAGUAUAUGUGCUGGUUGAUGUCGGUGGCUAUAGGAGGCCAACCUCGGCUAUGGAAUGGUUGGGGAUGCAUGCGCUUAUGAUAUACAUUCUAAUUGGCUGCAACGUCUUCCCAGUUCUUAUCCAGGGAUUCUACUGGAGGGAGCCUCAGAACAAUCUUUUGAAGGUCAUUGGCAUUUCCUAGACCUCCUCAAUAAUUGACGAAGGAAUCAGAUUGCUGCUACAUUCUGUUGAGGAUCGUAGUCUGGCUUCUAACCCUCGUCUUCACCAAAGUAAAGCUAUCUCGAGCGUCUAAUGCUUGGGAGACAAGACUCUAGAUGUUGUAGGCUCUGCUGUGAUGAACACAGAGGUCCAUCCAACAGUGCCCUUUUCUGAGCCUAUUAUGUGGUGCUUGAUAACUCGAGUUGCAGACUACCAAGUUUUGUCAUGUAGUACUACCAGUUCUGGCGCUGACCAAUUUCAUGCAGUGCAUGCUGUAUACCCAGUAACACCAGAUGUUUACUAUUGAUAGAGAUCUACGUGGACGAAAUUAUUUAUGUUA